CUCGCGUGGACAUUUAUUCUCCACCGCUCAGGCCCUGCCGCCAUCGCCGCAGAUCAGGAGCCUAGAGAGACACAGCGAAGCCACCAUGACCCCCUCUGCACCCCUGGCCUCUGGCAUGCUCCUGUUACUGUCACUGAUAUCCCCCAGCAGGGCCUGCACCUGUGCCCCACCCCACCCACAGACAGCCUUCUGCAACUCUGACCUCGUCAUAAGGGCGAAGUUUGUGGGGACCGCAGAAGUCAACCAGACCACCUUUUACCAGCGUUAUGAGAUCAAGAUGACUAAGAUGUUCAAAGGAUUCAACGCCUUGGGGCUUGCCGCGGACAUCCGGUACGUCUACACCCCAGCCAUGGAGAGCGUCUGCGGAUACUUCCACGAGUCCCAGAACCGCAGCGAGGAGUUUCUCAUCGCUGGACAACUGCGAAAUGGGUACUUGCACAUCACCACCUGCAGUUUCCUGGCUCCCUGGCACAGUUUGAGUGCUGCUCAGCGCAGAGGCUUCACCAAGACCUACAGUGCUGGCUGUCAGGCAUGCACAGUAUUUCCAUGUUCAUCCAUUCCCUGCAAACUGGAAAGUGACUCUCAUUGCUUGUGGACAGACCAGCUCCUCCUGGGUUCAGAGAAGGGCUUCCAGAGUCGCCACCUUGCCUGCCUGCCACGGGAGCCAGGGCUCUGUACCUGGCAGUCCCUGCGGGCCCGGACAGCCUGAAGCCUGGUCCCACUGUUCAACACCUUUCCUCUCCUUUCUUCCAGAUGGUGAAAUAAAAAAGUACCACCCAGCA